GACACUGCGACCAGCAACCAACCAACGACCACCGCCCGUGCCCUACGUUCAAGAUGUCGUCCGGCAAAGUUAGGACCAACCAGCUCUGGGGCAAGAACAAGGAGGAGCUCAAGAAGCAACUCGAUGAGCUGAAGACUGAGCUGGGUCAGCUGCGCGUGCAGAAGAUCUCUGGAGGCGGCGCUACCAAGUUGAACAAGAUUCACGACCUCCGCAAGUCGAUCGCUCGGGUCCUUACCGUCAUCAACCACAACCAGCGGGCUCAGCUGCGCUUGUUCUACAAGAACAAGAAGUACCUUCCCCUGGACCUCCGCGCCAAGCAGACUCGCGCCAUCCGGAGACGGUUAACGAAGCACGAGGCUACCCUUGUGACGGAGAAGCAGAAGAAGAAGCAGGUGCACUUCCCUCAGCGGACUUUCGCCGUCAAGGCUCAGGCUUAAGGGUAUGCAUUAGCGGCUGGUGUUCUUGGGGCCGGGUACUGGGUCCAAGAUUUACUGGAUUUUCGGUGUACCUUACCAGUUUAUGAAUAAAACAAUCAAGGGCCAUCGUUUUCGGUAC